AUAGCAUCUUUUUUGCUGAAGUGAUGGCGUGCCAAAAGUAUUUUCAGCGGGCAUAAUCCUCUCCACAUAAAUGGCCUGACCAAGGAAGAAUGACUGCGAGGGAGACAACGUGACUGAAUUAGAAAAUGAUUACCAAAGAAUAGCAUUGAUUCAGGAGAAGAAAACGACAUUUUCAGCCACCAAUAUAGCAUAUUCCAUUACUGGAUAUUUACAACAUGUUUCAGUGGAGGAGAAGACACUGCUGCUUUGCAAAGAUGAGCUGGAAUGCCAAGAGGUCUCUGUUCCGUACCCAUCUUAUUGGUGUACUUUCUCUAGUGUUCCUUUUUGCUAUGUUUUUGUUUUUCAAUCAUCAUGACUGGCUGCCAGGCAGAGCUGGAUUCAAAGAAAACCCUGUGACAUACACUUUCCGAGGAUUUCGUUCUACAAAAAGUGAGACAAACCACAGCUCUCUUCGGAACAUUUGGAAAGAAACAGUCCCUCAAACUCUGAGGCCUCAAACAGCAACUAACUCCAAUAACACAGACUUGUCUCCACAAGGAGUUACAGGGCUCGAGAAUACACUUAGUGCCAAUGGAAGUAUUUACAAUGAAAAAGGUACUGGACAUCCAAAUUCUUACCAUUUCAAAUACAUUAUCAAUGAACCUGAUAAAUGCCAGGAGAAAAGCCCUUUUUUAAUAUUGCUAAUAGCUGCAGAACCUGGACAAAUAGAAGCUAGAAGAGCAAUUCGGCAAACCUGGGGCAAUGAAAGUCUAGCACCUGGGAUCCAGAUCACACGAAUGUUUUUGUUGGGCAUGAGUAUUAAGUUAAAUGGCUACCUUCAACGUGCAAUACUGGAAGAAAGCAGACAAUAUCAUGAUAUAAUUCAACAGGAAUAUUUAGAUACAUAUUAUAAUUUGACCAUUAAAACACUAAUGGGCAUGAACUGGGUUGCAACCUACUGUCCACAUAUUCCAUAUGUCAUGAAAACUGACAGCGACAUGUUUGUCAACACUGAAUAUUUAAUACAUAAGUUACUGAAGCCAGACCUGCCUCCCAGACGUAACUAUUUUACUGGUUAUCUGAUGAGAGGCUACGCACCCAAUCGAAACAAAGACAGCAAGUGGUACAUGCCACCAGACCUCUACCCAAGUGAGCGUUACCCUGUCUUCUGUUCUGGGACUGGUUAUGUUUUUUCUGGAGAUCUGGCCGAGAAGAUAUUUAAAGUUUCUUUAAGUAUCCGUCGUUUGCACUUGGAAGAUGUAUAUGUAGGGAUCUGUCUUGCCAAGUUGAGAAUUGAUCCUGUGCCCCCUCCCAAUGAGUUUGUGUUCAAUCACUGGCGAGUUUCUUAUUCAAGCUGUAAAUACAGCCACCUAAUUACCUCUCAUCAGUUCCAGCCUAGUGAACUGAUAAAAUACUGGAACCAUUUACAACAAAAUAAGCACAACGCUUGUGCCAACGCAGCAAAAGAAAAGGCAGGCAGGUAUCGCCACCGUAAACUACACUAG